UGAUUUGUAGUUCAUUUCCUACAUUUCAUCGUCAGCUUUUGGUGCCUAGUGGGAAGUAGACUAAACGGAGAAUUUAUUCUGUUCAAUCUUUCACCGAAUAAACACAAAAAUUAAACAUCCUCCUUCAUUGAACCAACCCCACCCAUGAUGUCGUUCCCACUCACACCUGUUUAUCUCUUCCUUUUUUCUCUCCUCAUCUUCCUCAACCAAUCCACUCUCGCCGCCUCAACCACCACCAACACCACCGAUUCCGAUACGAAGACAGCCUAUGAACUUCUAAAUUCCUUCAACUUCCCCAGCGGUCUCCUCCCAAAAGGUGUACAAAGUUAUGAUUUGGACCAAAGGACUGGCCAAUUCCACGCCUAUUUGGGUGGCACGUGUAGUUUCUCUCUUGAAGGUUCUUAUCAACUCAAAUAUAAAUCCACGAUCAGCGGUUACAUAUCCAAUAAUAGACUCACUAGCUUGACUGGCGUAAGCGUCAAAGUGUUGUUUCUGUGGCUGAAUAUUGUGGAGGUUAUUAGGAAUGGAGAUAAUAUUGAGUUCUCUGUUGGGAUUGCUUCAGCCUCGUUCCCGAUUGAUAACUUUUAUGAGUGUCCACAGUGUGGUUGUGGAUUGGAUUGCGUGAAUGGGCAAGUAAGCAAGCUUAGAACGAAAUCUUUUGUUUCUUCCAUCUAGCGGAUUCAAUCUCUCCUUGAAUUCGAAUGAUGGUCGUAUGUUAUUUGGGAUGGAUUCUGUGGGGUUAGUGUUCGUUAUCUAUGAAAUUGUUGAAGUUUUACAUGGUUUGGCUGGAAUUAAUUUCUUUAUC